AUGCCUUUAGAGAUUUAUCUGACAAGCAGCAAAUUCUACCCGGGUGCGCCUGAAAAGAAUACGAAGGAUAUGCUUCUCGAAGCACUAGCCGCUUGGAAGCAGAGAGACGUCAAGGACCCGAUUAAACAUAUACUUCUAUCUACAGUGAUUGAGAAGUUUCGCAAAAUGACCGUGGAGCUCCAUGAGGAAAACUUUCUCGAAGGUCUGCCCUUCUGUCUAACCCACCCUGAUCUCGCCCCUCGCAACCUCCUCGUCAGCGAUCGGGAGAAGUCCAGCCUCUCUGGUAUCUUAGAUUGGGAUGGCGCUACGUUCGCUCCUAUUUUCAUGGCCUGCGAGCCUCCUUACUGGCUUUGGGCUUACGAAGAAGAGAUGGACGAAGAUAUGGAAGAAUUGAUCGAGUGGGAGAAGCAAGUUCAGUAUCGAGAAGCUAAUCUUAAGUGUCAUGGAAUGAAGCUGAAGAAGCUCUUCGAUAAAGCUGCGGGUCAAGAGUACCAACGAUUCGCAUAUGCACCGCAAUAUGUUCUUGCUAGGCGGCUCGUCCGAUUUAUCCUUGAGGGUAUGAGGUCAAAUGAGGAUUUUCAGGAAGCGCAGGAGAUGCUCAUCGAAUGGGGUCGGAUAAGGCAGGAAAAGCCCACGUACAUAUCGCCGCCAGAGGAACAACCGGCGAGAUCAUGGAGAAACAUCAUAAGCAACCUCGGGCGAAGACUGAAGUUAGCUAAAAACUGGGGGAAUAAGUAA